AUGACUGGACCCUUUCACUUGGGAACUGACUUGAACGCCAAGAAGGGCAAGUACAUGCUCGUUGCACCAUUCACCUGGCUUGGACCAGGCCAGCUCCCUGAUGACUUUCAGGAGGAGGAUCCGCACGAUGUUCCAGCAGAUGCUCCAGAGAUUGACGAUCCUGAGGCGGAGGAGGUGGAAAUUGAAGAUGCGGACGAUGUCUGGGGGGAGCGUCAAGCAGAGCAUGAACAAAGAGCCAUGGUGAUCAGGGGAAAGGUGGCUUUGAAUCAUCUCUCCUAUGGCGGAGCUCUUCACGGAGAAGUGGAGGAUGUUAGCUUGGAUGAUGUGAAGAAAGAAGAGGAGAAGGAGGAGGAAGUCCUGAAGACCCGCAAGGUAAUAGGAGAGGAGAUGAAGUUCGCCAUCGAGGAUGAUCCCAUUGGUUCCUACCUCACUGUGGAUGCCAUUGCUGCCCUCAAAGAGACGACAGUCAACACCAUUCCGGAAGAAGCGCUUCAAACGAAGAUCGUUGCACAACAUGAAGUUCGAAGAAACCUUCAAGAAUGGAUCGAGCUGAUCAAGGCUGAACUCAAAGCCUUGUUUGAAACCAAGAAAGCUUUGCUUGCUAUUGACUUGCUGGUCCGCAGUCUGGGGGAGGUGUCACAAGAGACUGAUGGGAAUGUUUUGGGAAAUGAUGAAAAGAAAGGUGAGAAAGAAUCGAAUGGAGUUUUGUCAAAGGCUGAGAAGGCCAAGAAGGCACUGAAAGCGAUCAGUUUGGUUGCCCAGAUGGCUAUCGCCAAGGGACAGAAUGACGGUCAGAUUCAGCUUUGGCAGCCGAGUUUCCACUGCAAACUUUCAGUGAUCCAUCCACUGUACUUGCCUGGUUUGCCAUUUAUCCGUACAUCAGCCGAAUCACGUUGGCUGAGUCAGGAACGAAUGUGGUUCCGAGACCGAGCCUUCUUUUCCAUUCAGUACCACCUGAAAAUCGACACGGAGAAAACAUAA